AUGCGAGAGAUGGUUGCCGUCCAGAUUGCGCUCUCCAUGGGCGACCACUUUUACCAGCUCCGCACUGUCUCGCUCCGCAACGCUUCGCUCGGACCCGAUGAGAUCGCCAUCGCUGCCACCGCCCUCGGCGAAAAGUCGACCCUGCGCGUCCUUGAUGUCUCAGGCAACCGCCUUGGUGACAAGGGCAUCACCACUCUCUGCAAUGCCCUUGGAAACUCGAGUCUGCAAGAGCUGGCGUGUGCCCGAAACGCGAUCUCCGACGCUGGCAUGGAGGCUCUCGCCCACCUCCUCACCUCCAACCCGUCGCUGCUCUGGCUCGACGCCUCGCACAACCUCAUCUCGGACAAUGGCAUGAUCGCUCUCUACACCGCUGCCUGCUCCGGCACAGACCUUGCUGGUGACAGCAACGCCGAGGCUGAGUCCGACAACGACAGCGAGCGCCAUCUAGGUGCAGAUGGCUCAGACUCGGGUGCUGCCGCUGGAUCGGGUGAUCUGGAGUUGGAGCUGAGCGACACCGAGCCAUCUCCAACGCUACACAAGGGCAAGAAGAAGGGGAAGGGGAAGACCAAGGCCAAGACCAAAGCAAAGACGGCAGCGCCGGACGCAGGCCAGAGCUCGUCGCUUUCGUCGAGUGGCACGUUUGAUGAGGAACAGGAAGAGACGGCGACUACGAGCUCGUCCGGUUCGUCCAGCUCGGACUCGGGCUCGGACUCAGACUCAGGCUCGAGCCUGGGCUCCUCGACGUCAAGUACGAGCUCCGACUCUGACCCCGACUCGGCAUCGGCGCCAAAGGGCGCGAGGGCGGGCGACUCAACGGCCGAUGUGGUGGCGCUUGCACGCAAGACCAAGCCCAAGGCGCCACACGGCCCCCUGGUCCACCUCCUCAACCUUGCGCACAACCGCAUCGGCGACCGUGGGGCUCAGGCGCUCGCGCAGCUCAUCGCGCACAAGCGAGCGCGGCGGACGAUUGCACGGCUGGAUCUGUGUGGCAACGCGAUCGGAAGCAUCGGCGCCGUCGCACUCGCGCUGCACGUGGCGCCAAACGAGCAUCUGCUCACGCUCGACAUCUCACGCAAUCCGAUGGGCGCUGACGGUGCCGAGGCCAUGCUCUCGCUCCUCGAGUCGAACCACACCCUGCAAGAGCUCGUCCUCGGAGCGCUGCCGGUUCCGGUGACCGAGUUUUGCCAGCGGCUGGAGCGUGUGGCGACCACAGCGCGGGUCACCUUCCCGGCGCUCACCGUUGUCCGAGGCGCGUACCAGCCGGCACAAGGUUAA